GCAAAUUAAUUAAGAGGAUGAAAACAGAUUCACGGUGCGACCCGGAAGUAGAGAGUGGGAAAUUCAACUUUCCCAGGAAAAUCCGAGAAACAGUUUCUAUCCAAGAAAGUGAGAAUGAAGAGGAUGAUGAUGUCUUCAUCCCCGUCGAGUUACUGUGAUCAGGAGAUUGAGCAUGGAGAACGGGAAGAAGACGAAGAAAUGGUGGAUGAAUUGGUAAGAAGACAAGAUGGGAUAGCCGAAAGACUUCAGUGCAUGACAUUCUACAAGAGGGAAACAAACAAAAGAAGUGAAGAGCUUUCAUGGGACAAAUAUGGUCUGUGGAGGGAAGAGCAGAAGAGCAGGGCAGCGAGGAUUGAGAAACAGCUUAAAGCAAGGUGGGAACUUGAGGAGCUAAUUGAGGAACAACUGAACAGGUUCCAUGCACAUUACAACCAGGCCAUGAUUCCAACUCGGCUAAAGGAUGUGGCAGAAGUUCUCAUGCCAAAAUGGGCGCCUCCUCAAGAGCUGACUAUCAUGUCCUGGCUUGGUGACUGGCGACCCUCAGCCAUUCUGGAACUCCUGCGUGGACUGGCUCGCUCCUCAUCCUUGUCAGACACAACUGGGGUGGAUCAGCUCCUAGCACAGCUUAUCCAUGAAAUUCACAUUGAGGAGACUGUGAUUGAUGAGGAAAUGGCUGAGAUUCAGGCUACAUGUAUUCUCCACCUCCCCUUUUCUCCAUUGAACUGCAAUAGAUCAGGCGGUGCUGCCCUACGUAGUAUUCAGGCUGAGUUCAAUAAGAUCAAACGGGUCAUCAUUAAGGCUCAACAGCUCCGAUACAAGGCAUUGGAGCUGGUGGUGAAGAAGAUUCUGAACCAAACUGAUGUGCCUGAGUUCUUGGUGGCAUUUGCAGGAGUCCAGGAUGCUAUCCAUCAGUUUGCAGAACAGCAAAGAUUGCAGAAAGGGGUGGCGACAUUGCCUCUCAAGCCUUCAGGGUCAAUUUGAGAGCAAAACAACUGAGACCAAACUCUAUCCCUGGAAGAAGAACUUUAGUGAGCAAAAUGUGUAGAACUUCUUUCCCAUGCAGUGUGUAAGCAAGGCAUACAUAAGAAUGUGGUUAUAUUCCUGUGUCAUGUCAUGUAGCAAUUGGUAAACAUAAUACAUAUUUCACUACUAC